GAAUAAAUUAGGAAAGAUUAUGAUAGCUCUGUAAUGGAAGAAUCUCUGGACUUCCUCUCCAUUCAAGAUGAUGGGACAGAAGACAACAUCUUCCAGCAGCAGGGACUGGAGAGUGUUGUAUACCAGAAUGAUUCACACAGUUCCUCUUUCCUCAGGGAAAUGAACUCAUUGUAUAAAGAACAGAUGUUGACAGACAUCACAUUAAAAGUUGAAGGCCAGGCAAUACUUUGUCAUAGGAAUGUCCUGGCUGCUACAAGUGUGUAUUUUAAAGCAAUGUUUACGAUGGGACUCGAUGAAACCAUGAAGGACGUAGUUGAACUCAAUGAGGUGGAGUAUGAGACUGUCCGAGAUCUAGUUGAGUACGCUUACACCGGGCAUCUGAAAAUUACACAGGAUGCAGUCCAGAGCCUUUUGUCUACCUCAUCGUUAUUUCAGAUUUUGCCAGUGGUAAAAGCAUGUGCAAAAUUCUUGGAAUCUCAGCUUGAUGAUUCAAACUGCAUUGGAAUUUAUCAUUUUGCUCAAACUCAUGACUGUAAAGGAUUGGCAAUCAAAGCCAAAGAGCACUUGGAGAAAACAUUCUCUGAGGUCUGCAAGUCAGAAGAGUUUCUUAAUCUGCCCUUAGACAAGGUUAAGAGCAUUAUUCAGAGCAAUGACUUAAAUGUGGAUUCUGAGGAAGUUAUCUUUAAUGCAAUAAUUAGUUGGGUAACAGCAGAUCCAGAGAGACAUACGGACAUUGCUGAAUUAUUUCCCCUUGUGAGAUUGUCAUUACUAUCCUCAGAUUUUCUCUGUGAUCAAGUUUACCAAAAUGCCUUUAUAAACAGCUGUCCUGAAUGCCAAAGCAUUGUGGAAAGUUGGAGAAUAUUUGAGAAGUACCCUAACCGUUAUUUAGGACGAUACAAUUUUGACAUGACAAUGCGUGCAGGAAUGAUUCGUCCUGACCACUGUCUUGUCUUGAUAGGAGGAUCAGAUCCCAAACUCACAAGGCCAAAAACAAACUGUUACAAUCCUCUCACAAAAGAGACAUUCCUUAUGCAAGAUUUCCCAGUAGAUCGCCAAGACAAGGAAUAUGAAGUUGAAAAUGUUGGUUGCAUUGUGAGUAAAGAGAAUGCCAUCUAUAUUGGUGGGGGGAACUACAUCUACCACGACCUGGACUUUGAAUUUAUAGACUCUGAUGACUCAUGUGAUGAUCUAGAAGAGAGAAUUGUUAGCAAGGAUUUUUUCUGUUUUGAUAAUGAUCACAACAGGUGGAUUAAACUUUCACCAAUGCUGUUUCCAAAAUCCAACUUUACCCUUGCUGAACUAUCUGGAAAAAUCUACUGCUUUGGUGGAGUGACCGAGAACCAACAUCCCACUGAAAUUAUAGAGGUGUAUGACAUACAGCACAACAAAUGGAGCUACCAGGGCAUGCUGCCAACCACAGUGGUGGAUCUAGCUUCUGUUACUUACAAUGAGUACAUCUUCCUCCUAGGGGGAAGAACAGGAGUAGGUGCCCAUAACUUAGUGGUCAUGUACCACCCAGAGAAAGGGCACUGGAUCACAAGGGCUGGAAUACCCACACCACGAUUUAAUUUUGGGGCCUGUGUUGUGGAUGAAGAAAUUUAUGUAGCAGGUGGUCAAAUUUACUCACAUGUGACACAUUCCAUUAGUAGGGAAGCACUGAAAUCAGUAGAAAUACUGAAUGUUUCUCAGAACCAGUGGAGAUCUGGACCAGACUUACCUGCUGGCAUGUUUAAUGUUGGAUUAGAAUUGAUUAGUGGUGCUUUAUAUGCUUGUGGUACAGCAGAGUAUGUACUAUCAGAUUCUACACAGUUUUAUCGCCAGAAUAUUGUUUGUCGUUUGGAUUUUGGUACACUCAAAUGGCAACAAAUUGAUGUGCUAGGGUACUCUAGGAAUUUCAAGUGUAUAGCAGCUAAGCUGCACACAAGAAAACUCAAGCAAGUUUUUCCAACCAAUGACAAAGAUGAUUCAGAAGAAAGUUGAUGUACUCCAAAAGACGAAUUAAAAAAAAUCUCAAAGAUGCAUAAUAUUUUUAGGUCAAACACCCCUCUGACUGUCUUUAUACAAUGUACAUGUAUUUUACUAAGCAUUAAACAAAAUUGAACACUUUAUUAUACCUUUUCAAACUU